UAUAAACUCUUCCACGGGCCUCCAGAUUUUAGUUGAUCUCUGAACAGCAUCAAUAAUACAAGUGUCUUGUGUGGCAAUGACCUCUUAUACUGACAAAGGACCAAAACCAAAGUUCGGAAAAUUCCUGUGCUUCGAUCAUUUAACAUUCAACGUUGGAAACGCAAAGCAGGCCGCUUCCUAUUAUGUGACGCGCUUAGGAUUUGAGCCUUUGGCUUACAAAGGCUUGGAAACUGGAAGCAGAAAGUAUGCGGCGCACGCGGUGCGACAGAACAAGAUCGUCUUCGUUUUCGUUUCCGCGUACGAACCCAACGAGACAUCCGUUGGUAAUCAUCUGCUGAAGCAUGGUGAUGGUGUCAAGGAUGUGGCGUUCGCCGUCGAAGACUUGGAUAACAUCGUGAUGUACGCCAAGCAGAAGGGCGCUAAAGUCAUCAAGGAUAUUUGGGAGGAGAGCGACUUCCAUGGAAAAGUCCGAAUGGCCGUUAUCCAAACGUAUGGAGAUACCACUCAUACUUUUGUGGAUAGGAGCCUUUACAAGGGAUCUUUCCUUCCUGGAUUUACUCCUAGCGCUCCAGACAAUCUGAUCAAGAACUUGCCACCUGGUAAGUUGGACUUCAUCGAUCACGUUGUCGGAAACCAACCCGAUAUGUGCAUGGAAUCCGUUGCUAAAUGGUACGAGGACGUGCUCCAGUUCCAUAGGUUCUGGUCUGUAGAUGACUCCCAGGUGCACACGGAAUACUCCGCGCUCCGUUCAAUCGUAAUGAGCAAUUACGAAGAGAACGUUAAAAUGCCAGUCAACGAGCCAGCCCCAGGCAAAAGGAAGAGUCAAAUUGAAGAGUACGUCGAGUACUACGGUGGUGCCGGUGUUCAGCACAUCGCUCUCAACACCCAAGACAUCAUCACUUCAGUGAAAAAUCUUCAAGCUAGAGGCAUGCACUUUUUACAAGUACCUGAUAGCUACUACGAUCUCCUGAGGGAACAGCUGAAGCACAGUCCGGUCAAGAUCGCCGAAGAUCUGGACGUGCUCCAGAAGCUGAAGAUCCUCAUCGAUUACGACGAUCAGGGUUACCUCUUGCAAAUCUUCACCAAGAAUAUGCAAGAUAGACCGACCUUGUUCUUGGAGGUCAUCCAAAGAAGGAACCAUAACGGAUUCGGUGCCGGCAAUUUCAAAGCAUUGUUUACUGCUAUCGAAAUCGAUCAAGCCAGCCGUGGAAAUCUAUAGAAUGCAGCUUGCAAACCCACGCAGAUUGUUUUUUUUUAAAUUAGUUACAUACAUUUGUUUUCUAUACUAAACAAAUGAAUAAAUAAUCAUAUAUUA